AUGGAGAUUUCCGGAAGACACGCGCCACCACAACUGGUCACACACAUACACAUAUGGCGCAUAUGGCGUGAAGAACUGACGAAGUCGAAAAAUCUGGUGGAUUUGUUGCCGGAAAUUCGCCUUGAGAUUUCCAGACAUGAAGGUUUGCAGGUAGAGAAAAACAAGAAUGGACUAGACGAGGACUCAAAGAAUGUUCCAUCGAAAAUGCAAUUACGUAAUUUCUGGGAAUACUACAAUGUUUAUUCUACUAGUUCUGUUGUUUGUACAUUUGACAACAUGCCAGUUCCAUUACCAGCAACCUCGUGUGCAAUCACAACGUGCUAUGAUGUAUCCUGUGAGGACUAA